AUGUCCUACUACGAGAACAACCCUCAAUGGUCCAAUCCCGGCCAGAACAACUGGGAACACCAAGCGCCUCCUGUCCGUGCUGGUGAGUCGUCCCAGUCGUCGCAGCGCCAAAUCGCACAGCCGGAAGCCGGAAUUGACUCGAGAUUCCCGUCAACAGGUGCUAGCGGCCCGACGCCUCAGGACGACUUUGCAUUCUUCUACCAGUUCGAGGAUGUGGUACGGACACUGACUGCUAGGCCUACAGAGGUUGAUCGUGCAUACGAGAAUCUCGCCAAGAGCGGGAAGUCAUACGGAAUGGGUGGUCGACGUGAGUACCCAACCCCUGGCGGCCCCAAGAUGGGCCCUGCUGGCCCUGGCCCUGCCAGAAAGUCCCUCGACUUCAGUAAGUCUGCUCGCAUCUGGCGGGCAAAUCCGCUUCCUUCCCCUACUAACGCCCAUCUCGCAGCCGGACGUAUGGGAGCUGGAGCCGGUCCGCGACCGCACUCAAUGAACCAGUUCGAUGAUGCCCGAGGCCACCCAAACUCGAACCUUCAGAACUUUUACGCCUCUCAGCGCCACCAGCCUUCCCGAGGAUCCAACGACGCGGAACAGAUGAUGCAGGCCAAGAGAAGGAUGGCCGCUCAACGGGAGCGGGAGCUGCGAAACCUCCACACUGAGCAGCAAUAUCAGCGAACUCUUGUUUCUGACAUUCCCUACGGCAACAAGGCCAUGUCUGAGGAGGAGACUCGCGAGUUGAUCGCUCGUCAGCGGAGCGCCUUGUACGGCGAGGGCCAGUUUGCCGAGAAGGGGGGUUAUGUUGAUGAGACUGGUGCUGUGCGCCCUGGCGUCCCUGGCCACAGCGGCCCGUCCAGCCUGCGUGGUCAGUCCCCUUUGACCUACGACAUUACCCGUGGCCCUCCUCCUCACGGUGACGCCAACACUCCCGUCUCUGCCACUGACGCUGCUCCUGGCCCCAUUGCUGCUCCUCCCGGUGAGCAGGGUUCUCGCGCUGGUAGCACCGCUAGCCCCCAGCCCAAUGUAGCCAACAACAACAAGAGCGCAUUCGAGUCUGCCGUGAGCCAGGCUGCGGCUCGCACCAGCAACUCCUCGCCCGGUGGAUCCCCGCCGCGACAGGAGCUCCCGGCUGGAUCUAAGGCCUCCCAGACAGUUGCUCCCAUCGGCACCCGACCUUCUGGAACCCCGACCGGUGCGGCGAACUCGUCUUCGAAGCGAUCUACUACCCCGUUGGCCUCUCCCGGCGGCUGGGGUCGUGGCAACGGCGUCUGGGGCCCUCAGUCAUCCGGACUGAGCCAGCCCCCUGCCAGCGUCUGGGGCUAG